AACAAAUAGCGCAUGCCAGAGCGUAAACAGGCGGAAAUUGUAUUCUGAAAUGUUUGUUUGUAUGUAGCCGAUACAACACUGAAGGUUGAAACAAUAAUGUAUAAUUAACUGUGGUUGAUGUAUGUAUAGACCUUGAUAUACUUACAAUUUAUGUAUACUAAUAUAAUGCAUAUUACAUAAAGCACACGGCAACGAAAUCGCUGGCUACUACGACGCAGGAAAACUGUUUUAAUUUGUAACUGAGCACGUCUGUUUAUCAGAGACGCCGUACACAUUCGCGCCUCCUUAAAUGCGGAAUGGCAGCCGAAAACUGGGAGUGGAAAGUAAAGGGUCAGGAAGAUCGGUGGGUGGGGAUAACCCUUUUGGAAAGAAAAAAAAACUAAAAAAAAUCACGUGUUUAGAGAUCAAAGGAGAUCCGCUUUGUAGAGCUGGAACGAGAGAGAGAGAGAGAGGGAGAGAGAGCGAGAGCGAGCGAGCGCACACAGCCUUGUAAGUGACAAGGCUGCAAUGGUGAAAUAAACACGUUCAGUGCUCGCCAGAGUUUUUGUUGCACAAUCCAGAAAAGGUUGCGCUUCUUCAACGCCGCGUUUUUCCCCACUGAGAUUUAAUUCCACAACCAGCCAAGGGCUUAUCCCAAAAAAACCUGGAAAUUAUGUUCCGAUCAGCGCUGAUCCAGCCGGCAAGAUGAUUUUACCAAGGAGAGGGUCAGAUUGUGUAGCCGAUUCGGUGGUCUUGGUGAUCCUUGUGGUCACUACUUGGGGAACCGUCUUCGCUAAGGAUACUGCCUUUGUGGAAGUGGUGCUAUUUGAGUCAAGUCCCACUGGAGAAUAUAAGACUUACACUACAGGUUUGCAAGGACGAUUCUCAAAAGCUGGAGCCACUAUCAGUGCGGAGGGCGAGAUCGUGCAGAUGCACCCUCUCGGACUGUGCAACAACAACGAUGAGGAGGACCUGUACGAGUACGGCUGGGUGGGGGUGGUGAAGCUGGAGCAGCCCGCGCUGGACCCCAGCUGCCUCACCGUCCUGGGCAAGGCUAAGAGAGCGGUUCAGAGGGGUGCAACUGCGGUCAUCUUCGACGUGUCCGAAAACCCGGAUGCCAUCGAUCAGCUGAACCAGGUCGCGGAGGACCCCCUGAAGAGGCCGGUGGUGUAUGUGAAGGGCGGGGACGCCAUGAGGCUGAUGAACAUCGUCAACAAGCAGAAGGUCGCCCGGGCCAGGAUACAGCACAAGCCGCCAAGGCCCACGGAGUACUUUGACAUGGGCAUCUUCCUGGCCUUCUUCGUGGUGGUCUCCCUCGUCUGCCUCGUCCUGCUCAUCAAGAUCAAGCUGAAGCAGCGGCGGAGCCAGAGCUCCAUGAACAGGAUGGCGAUCCAGGCGCUGGAGAAGAUGGAGACGCGCAAGUUCAAGGCCAAGAGCAAGGGCCACCGCGAGAGCAGCUGCGCCGCCUCCGACUCGCUGAGCUGCAGCUCCUCCUCCGACUGCGCCAUCUGCCUGGAGAAGUACAUCGACGGGGAGGAGCUGAGGGUCAUCCCGUGUGCCCACCGGUUCCAUAAGAAGUGUGUGGAUCCCUGGCUGCUCCAGCACCACACCUGCCCCCACUGCAGACACAACAUCAUCGAGCAAAAGAAGGGGAACCCCGGUCCCGUCUGCAUGGACCCGGGGAACCCGGUCCACAGCCGGCAGCAGCGGGUGGUCCUGCCCGUCCACUACCCGGGACGGGUGCACCGGGCGGGGCCGGUGACGGCGUACCCCACCCGCACCAGCAUGGACCCCCACGGCAACCCCAUCACCGUGCUGACGGUGGACCAGCACCCCGAGCCGGGCCUCUACCCGCCGCAGUCCUCGGCCUUCAUCCGCGGCUACCCGCCCAUCCACCUGGACCACGCCCUCAACCCCGCCCACCACUGCGGCCUGGAGCACCGCGGCCCCGCCUACCCCCAGCCCCACGGCUUCAAGCGGCCCAAGUUCCACGGGGGGCGGAGCUUCUCCCGGGCCGCCUGCUUCUCCCAGUACGAGACCAUGUACCAGCACUACUACUUCCAGGGCCUGACCUUCCCACAGGCUCCCGAGGGCCAGCCGGGGGCCGGGCCCCACAAGGGCCACCACGGCGGGCGGACUUUCCAGCAGGGCCUGCUGUACCCGGCCGUGGUGCACAUGGCGCCCGCCUCCUCGUCCCGCCUGGGCGAGGCGGGCAGCGCGUCCGGGUUCAGCUGUUACCACGGACACCGGUCGGUGUGCAGCGGCUACCUGGCGGACUGCCCCGGCAGCGACAGCAGCAGCAGCAGCAGCUCGGGCCAGUGCCACUGCUCGUCCAGCGACUCCAUGCUGGACUGCACCGAGGUCAGCAACCAGGGCGUCUACGGCAGCUGCUCCACCUUCCGCAGCUCGCUGAGCAGCGACUACGACCCCUACGUCUACCGCAGCCGCAGCCCCUGCCGGGGGUCCGGCGGCGAGGGGGCGGGGGCGGGGUCCGGCUGCCCCCCCGCCCCAGGCCCCGGCCCCGGCCCCGGCCCCGCCCCCUCGGCGGACGACCUGCCCCCCUCGGGGGCGCCCGCCCCCGGCCAGGACUGCCUCCAGGCAUCGGGGGACCAGCUGUCCGGCUGCGGCCUGGAGCCCGGGUGCAGCGGCUGCCCUUCGCUGGAAGCCAGGGAAACCAGCACCACUACCUCACCCGGGCCCCUAGAGGGCGCCGGAGCGGACCUCCGGAGCCGGGGCAGGGCGCAGGAGGAGGGGGCAGCGGCGGCCGCAGCCGACCAGCAGGGGGCAGCGUCCUACAGCUGCUGCUUCGAGGUCCCGCCCGCCUCCUCGGAGGGCGUGGCCCAGGGGCAGGAUUUGGGCGGGGCCUCCUUCCUGGCGGGACGUCGCUGCGCGCGGGGGGCGGAGGCACGGUCGCCGGGCUCGCGGAACUCGUACGGCGCGGGCGCGGACCACACGGCCUGCCCCCCGGAGGCGGCGGGGGGCUACGACGCCCUGCCCUGCUGCUUCUACAAGGAGCUGCGCGUGCGCAGGGGGAGCGGGGCGCGCUACCCGGAGGACUGCGCAGUCAACGUGCAGUACGCGCAGACGGACGCCGCCGAGCCGCAGGGCCGCUGCGAGCUCGGCCAGCGCAUACCCAUAAUCCCCGAGGACACGGACUGCGAGAUGGGCCUGGGCCCCGGGCCUGGCCCGCAGGUCAGCCUGCUGCCGGCGGGGGGCGCCGGAGACGAGGGGGGGCGGACUGGGGAGAGGGAGGAGCCCCGAGAGCUGCGCUUCCCCCCGGGGCAGUUCAGAGGUCAAACGUUUCUGCACGAGGAGGAGGAGGUGCACGCGCUCUUCCACGCCCAGUGCCCCAGUUUCCACGAAGCACAGGGAAACGGCAAAGCUGCAGGGUCAGGACCAUUGCAACCUAUGGAGAAAGACUGUGUAGCAAAGCCCAGCUUGUGAUCUUCUCAUGUUCGGAUAUACGGGAAUUGCUGAUUUUUUUUUUUGUUGUUGUUUAUUUUAAUAUUAUUAAGACUCCAAUUUGAGCAAGACUUUUGAGGGUGUUUUUAUAAUAUAUUCUUACUUAUUAAAAAAAAGGAUGCAUGUGUGUACAUGCAUAUGUAUGUGUGUAUGGAAUAUUAAGCUUCAACAAACAGAAAAAAGUGGUCAUUUGGAGAGCUACCAAAACACAUUUUUCAUUUUACAACCACCCAACUCCCCGCCCCCCUCUCUGUGACCGCCAUUGAUCUUGCCAACCGGAGAACCAACUUUACCUGUUCUCUUCUUUUCGGCCGGAUCUAGCCCACACCUGACUCUGCUCUGUGGGUGGUCUCUACCUGGCCACACCCCUCCCCCCUCCCCCCCACCCCCCCCACUCUCAGGACAAAUCUGCUUUUUAAGAUGGUGGCUCUCUUGUGUUCUCAGCACUCUGGGAGUUGAGCUAUUUGGGUUGAAGUGAGGUUUGAGUGAACUUGGCUCAUUUACAAGUUUAGACCAUCCUCUUUGCAUGGAAAAGCUUCUCCUUCAACCCGCAAUACCUCCUCUUAUUAACGUAUGUACUUACACAGUCAAUUCAACAGCCCCUAACCACUUCUUGUGUACGGUGCACUUGUUCUCACAUAAGCAGUUUCUCGAAGGCAAUUUUACACUCUUGUGUGUCAGGAAAAGGCCAAAGUAAAGUUCGUCGGGAGAGAUCUGAAUUCAACCUAAUCUCCCCCAACAGUGUGUUUUGGAGUGAAAAGAAACAAAAUAAUGCUCCGAUUUUGUACUCUCACAAAUCUGAUGUUGUCAAUAUGCCUUUUGUUUGUUUUACAGACGGUUUUAUACUGUUUCUAUGAAAUGUUUCCAUACUGCUAAGAGUCUACAGUUUUAAAAUAACCCUAUUUAUAUGUGGACAAUAACCCAGAGGUGUAUAUCAUGAACAUGAGAAUCUAAUCUGCCUUUACAUAGAGAUCUAUACCCCGGAUGGCAUUUUUGGGGUACUUGAGUCACUAUUUAAUUUUUUUUUAUCAUUUGUAGCACUUAAAAAGGAUUGUAUAAAAAGAAAACUCGGUGUACAAAAAUUAAUAUUUUUUAAUUUUCUAAAUAUAAUUAUCCAUCAUUACCAUUUUACAAUGUUUAAAAGGCUAGAAAUCAAUCUGUAUAUUUCUGUAUCUGUAUAACAGCACAUUUCAUUUAUGGAAAUAUGUUCUCUGAAUAUUUAUUUACUAAUAUAUUUAUCUCUAAGCCAUGUCUUAUGUUCAGAGUGUAUGAAUGUUUGAGGUUUUUUUUUUUUUUUUUUUUUUUUUCAGAAAUCACUAACAUGAGACUUUGUAAAUACAUGGUAAUUGCACACAAAGAUUAAAUAUACUCUGACCAAAAACUGAUUUAAAAAUUUUAGUACCAUACAGUUUUGUAACAAAGUGUACAAAGUUCUGUAAAAAAUAUACAGUUUUAUUCAAGUAUA